AUGGCGUCCAACGUGGUCCCCCCGCUUGCCAUCAUCGGGCUAUCCUUCCAGUUUCCCGGAGAUGCAACGACCCAAAAUGCGUUCUGGAACAUGCUGGUUGAAGGUCGAUGUGUAUCCAGCGAGUUCCCCGCGGACCGAAUGAAUAUCGAUGGCCAUCACAACACCAACAGAGAUAAGUUGCACAGUGUGUCUUGCAGAGGAGGUCACUUUCUCACUCAAGAUCUCGCGGCAUUUGACGCGCCUUUCUUCAACAUCUCCGACACCGAAGCAAAGGCCAUGGAUCCACAACAGCGCCUCGCCUUGGAGACCGUGUAUCGAGCUCUCGAGAACGCGGGCCUUCCGAUGAACGAGGUGGCCGGUUCAAAGACGAGCGUGAUGGCUGGUUCCUUUUGCAACGACUAUCAUGCAAUCCAGACCAAGGACACUCUAAAUCUUCCCAAGACCGCUACCAUGGGCAGCUCCCAGAGUAUGAUCGCAAACCGUAUCAGUUGGUUCUUUGACUUGCAAGGUCCAAGCGCAACAGUAGACACUGCCUGCUCCAGCAGUCUCAUGGCCGUGGAUUUGGCAUGUCAGUCACUAUGGAGUGGUGAUGCGACGAUGGGAAUUGCCCUCGGGUGUAACGUCAUACUCGCCCCUGAGAUGACGAUCGGCUUGGAUAACCUUGGGCUCCUGUCCCGCGAUAGCCGCUGUUACAGCUUUGACAAUCGUGCCAACGGAUAUGCAAGAGGCCAAGGCGUCGGUGCUGUGAUUAUCAAACGUCUCGAUGAGGCCAUUGCAGCCGGAGACACUGUCAGAGCGGUCAUUCGGUCGUCGGGCUCCAACCAGGACGGCAAAACUCCGGGGAUCCUGCAGCCAAGUAAAGACGCGCAGGUCCGCUUGAUUCGUGAAACCUAUCGGAAAGCCGGUCUUGAUAUGCGUUCAACCAGAUACUUCGAGGCGCAUGGCACCGGGACUCCGGUUGGCGAUCCCAUCGAGACUAGGGCGAUCGGAUCAGCCUUUCAAGGUUAUCGCUCAUCCGACGACCCACUUUACGUGGGCUCUGUCAAAUCCAACAUCGGCCACCUAGAGGGAGCGAGUGGUAUUGCGGGCCUGAUCAAAGCAGUUCUUAUCUUGGAGAAAGGGAUCAUUCCGCCAAACAGUGGCAAUUUGCAGACACUCAAUCCCCAGAUCGAUGAGCAGUACCUUAAUCUGAAGAUCUUGAGACAUGCAAUCUCUUGGCCCUCGCCAGGCCUACGCAGAGCUUCUGUCAAUUCCUUCGGCUUUGGUGGUGCGAAUAGUCAUGUCGUUCUCGACGAUGCUUACAACACCUUUUGCAUGCACGGUAUCGAAGAUGGACGUCACCAGACUGCCAUCGAGCCUCCCUUGCUACACAACGAAGAGCACCUACUACAGGCAAAUGGUCGAACUAAGAAUGGCACCGAUUCUUCUAAUACUCAGAGGAAUGGCAUUGUGAUUCCCACAUCUCAAUGUGCCGUUCUAGUGUGGUCUGUAGCAGAUGAAGCAGGUAUCAAAAGACUUACCCAGUCGUGGCGGCAGUAUGUAGCUGCUACGGAAGCCAUGAACCGACCCACGGUGGCCGGCAUACAAGACUUGGCCUUUACACUGUGCGCGAGGCGGAGCGAACUUACAUGGAGGGCCUUUGUCGUUGCAAAGCCAGCGGAAGACCUGCACGUUGCAAUGGAGAGGAUUAGCACUGCUACAUGCUCCAAGCCAAACCCACAUUUAGCCUUCAUCUUCACGGGCCAAGGAGCCCAGUGGUAUGCUAUGGGCCGUGAGCUGAUAGAUCGAUACGAUGUCUUCAAGACUAGUCUAAUUGAUUCGGGCAACUACUUCAAGGGGCUUGGUUGUACGUGGGAUGUUCUAGACGAGUUGCAGAGAGAUGAAGUUGACUCUCGAGUCAACGACCCGACGUUUGGACAGCCACUCUGCACAGCACUGCAGAUUGCCUUAGUAGAGCUCCUCCAAUCUUGGGGUCUCAGGCCUGAUACGGUGGUAGGCCAUUCCUCUGGUGAGAUUGCAGCUGCUUAUUGCGCUGGUGCAAUCACAAAAGGUUCUGCCCUGAAGAUUGCGUACUAUAGAGGCUUCCUCACCGGGAUCUUAGGGAAACAUCUGGCCAGUGGUAUGAAUGGCGCUAUGCUCGCUGUGGGUAUGUCGAGCCGAGAAGUGCAGCAAUACCUGAAGUCCGUGGCUUCUCACUUCCGUGAACUCAAGCUCGAAGUUGCUUGCAUCAACAGCCCUACCAGCGUCACUAUUUCCGGGAAAGCGAGCCAGAUCGACUUUCUGCAUCAGAUUCUAGUCGAGAAGAAGGUUUUUGCAAGAAAGCUUGCAGUCAAUGUCGCAUAUCACUCAUCUCAGAUGAAGGAGAUUGCCGGCAUAUAUCAAGAACUGUUAGCAGAGCUGGAACGACCAGCCAAGGCCAAGAAGCCGCCGGUGAUGAUAUCUAGCAUCACAGGGGCAUGGAUCUCGGAAGAGGAGCUAUCGAAGCCCGAGUACUGGGUAAGGAACCUGGUAUCGCCAGUGUUAUUCGACGAUGCUGUCUCAAAGUUGUGUUCCCAAUCAACAACAUCAACUCGAAGAUUUGAUGGAAGUCAUCGCCGCAAUGUCGCGCCGGACCAUCUCCUAGAAAUUGGGCCUCAUUCCGCCCUCCAAAGUCCUUGUGGAGACAUUCUCAAGGCCGUGGGCAAGCACGAUCAAAUCACCUACAUUCCACUUCUGCGCCGUGGUCGCUCUGCCGUUGACUGCGUGAUGCACGGGGCAGGCCGCUUGCACUGUAGCGGCUACCCGAUUGACCUGCUUUCAGUCAACAAUGGAGGUGAACUUAAGCCGCAACACAAUCGUCGCGUGCUCGUCAAUUUACCGGAGUACCCCUUUAACCACUCCAAGACAUAUUGGUUCGAGAGCCGCAUCAGCAAAGGUUACAGAUUCCGUCGGUUCGGCCACACGGAACUACUAGGUGUGCCUGAUCCUGAUGGAAAUCCUAUGGAGGCCAGCUGGAGAAACAUCAUACGGCUUUCGGAGAUGCCAUGGGUGGAGGAUCAUAAGAUCAACAACAGCAUCCUGUAUCCCGGUGCCGGCAUGGUUGUCAUGGCUAUCGAAGCAAUUAAGCAACUGGCGGACCAGAGCCGGGGAAUCGCAGGGUUCGACAUCAAGGACGUGGUCUUCUCGUCGGCUUUGCAGAUUCCACGUCAUGCUGAUGGUGAUGCAACGGGCUGGUUCGAGUACCGCGUUUGCACGUACAAUAAUGAAUCGUGGAUUGAGAACAGCUCAGGUUCAAUCCAAGCUCAUUAUGAGUCCGAUGUGCAGACGCCAAACAUCAGCGAUGGUGAAGAAGCUAAAUGGCAGGCGUCCCUUGUUGAGAAUUGCCAGCGUGCAAGCGAGCAAUGUGCAUCGCAUGAAGACUCCAGCAGAUUUUAUAACGGCCUGCGCAACUGUGGGUAUUACUAUGGAUCGAUGUUCAGAGUCAUUGAGGGCAACGUGUCCAGGCAGAACGAUGAAAAAGCCAUGAUUGCAGAAGUCAAGGUCUUCAAGCCUGACUGCACAACAGGAUCAGAGGUCUAUCCCGCGCAUACAAUCCACCCUACCACGCUAGACGGUGUGGUUCAAAUGAUGGCAGCGCUAGCCACUGACGCCGGACAGCGAACGAUUCCCGUCUCCGUGCCCACGAGCAUCACCCGACUCUGGAUCUCCAAUACAGGUGGAUUAAGCUAUCCUUCGGCAGAACUCAUCAAGGUCUAUGCGACUUCCGUUCAAUCUGCUCUUGGCAGCACACAGUAUACCAUGACGGCAUAUGACCGCAACGUAUCCAAGGCUAUAUUAAACCUAGAAGGACUAAAAGUGACCUCAAUCGCGAGUCCAGAGAAUGUCUCACUCUCAGACCAAUUCAAGGCCGAUAAUUUAUGCCAUCACGUCGAAUACAAGCCAGACACCGAUCUUCUCACCAACCACGGAUUCCUAACUGCGUUUGGCAGAGAGGAACUCCAAGUUUCGGGCCCGGUGCAGCAUUUGCGGGAUAUGGAGUUCCUGAUUGCGACCGGCAUCAACAAAUACGCCGAUCCGCUCAGUGAGAUGGACAAAAGCACUCUACCCCCUCACACGAUUCUCUACAUUGAGUGGAUUCUGGAGCGUGAACGAUUACUGGAGCUCGAUGUGUCGGACUUCGGCUCAAUCGAGUGGCGGCAUCAUAUGGACGACGAGGCCUACGUAGCAGAGGUCCAUAAACGGGUUGAAAGGGCCAGCAAGCGCGGCCUUCUCGUGAGCACUCUCUGCAAGAACCUUCUGGAGAUUCUCAACGAUCCUUUGCCUCAUCUCUUCAAGGACAAUCUGCUUACCGAUGUGUAUUCCGAGAUGUUGUACGGCCUUCCAGCGGCAACGGCCCUCGCACGAUACAUCGACGCGCUGGCUCACAAAAACCCUCGCAUGAACAUCCUCGAGAUCGGGGCUGGCACUGGGGCGAUGACUGAGCUCUGCAUCAAGGCCCUGGCUUCCCCGGAUAUGGAAAAUGCACCGCGCUAUGCCCAAUGGGACUUCACUGACAUCUCCAGCUCGUUCUUCCCAGACGCCGUAAACCGCUUCGAGACCGAAAAGCGGCGGAUGAAUUUCCGUGUGUUGGAUAUUGAGCAGGAUCCAGAGACCCAAGGCUUUGGUUCGGGAUCGUACGACUUGGUUGUUGCUUUUUUGGUCCUUCAUGCAACAACCAAUCUAGCAGCCAGCCUGAGGAACGUUCGAAAAUUGUUGAAAACGGGCGGGAAAUUGCUGCUUUUCGAGAUCACGCAUCCUGAUCCGGUUCGGGCUAGCUUUGUGUUCGGGCUCUUUGAGGGUUGGUGGCGUUCAAGUGAAGCCUACCGCCAGAGUCAUCCGUGUGUUGAUGUCAAUCGAUGGGAGACUUUGUUAAAAGAUUCAGGAUUCUCAGGGUGCGAGCUUGCGAUAGAUGACUACGUCGAUACUUCAUGUCAUGAAGGAACGCUUAUCGUUGCGAGCGCCGUGUCUCCCCCUUCCGCGCCAAUCACACAGAAGGAAGUCAAUAUCGUUCUCAACACCGCCAAUCCCCGUCAGGUUGAGCUUGCAAAUAUGCUAUCUGAGCUACUUGACCAGACUGAAGUUAGCGCCGUGAAGCGAGGUCUGGAGGAUAUCAAGAAACGAGACCAUUCUUCCGGUAACUUGGACAUCUCCCUCCUCGACUACGACUUUCCUUUCACAUACAACAUGGAAGCGGAAGAAUAUGAAGGCCUGCAACAGUUGAUAACCACAACGACGAAUCUCAUCUGGGUAGACAGCGGAGGAGGCCCUGAACCCUCGCCCCAGUUUCGACUUGUUGACGGUUUGUUUCGUGUUCUUGCCCGCGAAUUGUCCAGAGCGAAGAUCACAACUUUAUCCAUAGAGGAAAGCAUGGUCUUGCACAAGGCAGAGCAGAUUGCUAAGGUAUUCGAAACCGUCACAUCAGAAGCAACGGACGUCGACACAGAGUAUAGAGUGAUCGACGGGGUGAUCCACAUCGGUCGUUUGGUCGCCGCUCGAGGUAUCUCUCAGACCAUCGCGAAGAUGAAGCUACCACAGCAAAGAGAGCUCAGAGCAUACAGCGCAGGCCCACCGCUCCGCCUCGAAGUUGGCACGCCAGGUCUUCUGCACAUCAUCCAGUUUGUCGAGGAUAGAUCUCUACAUGAUCUCCUGAAGCCGGACGAGAUUGAGAUUCAUGUGAAAGCUGUGGGCCUCAAUUUUCGCGACGUCUUGAUUGCCUUGGGCCGCCUGGAAAGCGACACGCUCGGUGCUGAGUUUGCGGGAAUUGUGGUCCGUGUCGGGUCCCAGUGCCAGCGGUUCAAAGCUGGUGAUAGGGUGGUUGUCUUUCAUCCGAGUCGCUAUGCAAACUACGUUCGUGUGCGUGAGAAUAUGUCUGUCGUCAAGAUCGCGGACGAAACUGUGCCAAUGUCAUUCGUGACUGCGGCUGCGAUUCCUGUGGCCUUCGCUACUGCGUGGAUUACGCUGACGCGGUUGGCGAGGCUGCAAGCAGGGGAGUCGGUCCUGAUUCACUCAGGCGCAGGCGGCACCGGGCAGGCAGCCAUCCAGGUUGCUAUGUAUUGCGGAGCCAAGAUUUUCACGACUGUUUCGACCGAAGAGAAGAAACGAUUCCUGAUGGAGCGCUAUAAUAUCCCGGAGGAUCACAUCUUCUCCAGCCGCAAUACACUGUUCGCCAAGGGAAUCAAACGCCUGACGGGAGGCCGGGGUGUCGAUGUUGUGCUCAAUUCACUGGCCGGCGAAAUGCUUAUCGCAUCUUGGGAGUGCAUUGCGCCAUUUGGACGAUUCAUCGAGAUUGGAAAGAACGAUAUCCUAACGAAUACGAAGCUUCCGAUGUUGCAAUUUGAGAAGAAUGUGACCUUCACGGCGGUGGACCUUGCCGAGAUGGCGUUUGACCGCCCGCAGUUGAUUCAACAAGCUUUGACAGAUGAUGUGUUCAAGUUGAUCAAAGCAGGCGAUUUGGAGACUCCUCAACCGUUACAGGUGUUUGGCGUUGGAGAUCUUGAGCAAGCUUUGCGCCAUCUGCAGAGUGGGAGAAACUCGGGCAAGGUAGUGGUGGAGCUUCGGGAUGACGAGCAAGUCAUGACACUUCUGGAUACUACACCAUCUUUUGCAUUUGAACCCAACGCCGCGUAUGUGAUUGCAGGCGGCUUGGGGGGCCUUGGUCGAAGUAUAGCCAGUUGGUUUGUGGAGCGCGGCGCUCGCAACUUGGUCCUCCUCUCACGUUCGGGUCAGAAGAACGAGAACGCACGCGAGUUGGUGGCAAGCCUGGAGGGCCAGGGUGCCCGAGUCGUCACGCCAAUGUGUGAUAUCACGGAUCGAGCUUCCCUGAGAGUCGUCCUCGAUGUAUGUCGCCAACUGAUGCCUCCGAUUAAAGGUUGCGUACAAGCAUCAAUGGUUGUCAGGAGCGGCAACUUCGAAAGUCUCGACUACGAAUCCUGGAAGGCAUGCACGGCACCGAAAGCCCAGGGCUCCUGGAACCUGCACGAGCUUCUCCCGCGAGGCAUGGACUUCUUCGUCAUGCUCUCCUCCAUCAGCGGAAUCUGCGGACCCCUCACUGAUGCCAGUUACGCAGCAGGAAACACGUUUCUAGACGGUCUAGCCCGGUACCGCGUGAGCCAGGGCGAGCACGCCGUCUCUUUAGAUCUGGGCCUCUUCCUGUCAGCCGGAUACUUCCACGAGAACUCGGACAAGCGCGACCUGUUCCUGGCCAACACCGUGUGGGACGAGAUCUCCGAGGCGGACCUCCACGGAUUACUGGACAUCUAUUGCAACCAGAAGAGCUCGUCGCCGCUACAGAGUCAGGUCGUGGUCGGCAUCACGCCACGCACCGCGGAGACCGGUCGCGCCAAGGCCGACUGGAUGAAACGGCCCUUCUUCCGCCAUCUAUCUACCUUGCUCGAGACACCUGCGGAGGGACAGUCAGCGUCUGCGUCAGCUUCUGCGUCGGACCACGGCAGCUCCAACCUGGCGGCCCGGUUCGCGGCGGCCCGGACGACGAGCGAGGCGGUCGAGGUUGCGCUCCAGGCGACGCGGGAGAAGGUGGCGAUCAUGCUGUCGGUGCCGGUGGACGAGAUCGACGUGGACAAAGCGAUCCAUCAGUACGGGGUGGACUCGCUGGCGGCGGUGGAGCUCCGGAAUUGGUUUUCGCGGGAGCUGCAGGCGGAGAUAGCCGUGUUUGAUAUCCUGGGGGGUGCGAGUAUUGCGUCGGUGGUGCGAUUGGCGGUGGGCCGGGUUGGCGGCGUUGGCGGUGGUGUUCAGGGUGCGAGUACGGCUGACGCUGUGUGAUUGUGUUGGACGGAAUGCAGUAGUUGAAGCACUAUCAUGUAUGAUAGGAUAGGAAUGCA